CUGACUCUCUUAACUUUUUAUGUAAGGGAGACUAUGACCCUGUGAAGACAAAAGUGAUCCACCUGCAAAUGAACCCCACCAGCAUCGCAAAGCAGCAGCGUGCUGAAGAUGUGGAACAGCUGAGGUUGGAGUGUCAGCUGUUGAGGGACCGAAUCCGAAAAAUUGAGGCAGGUGGUGGGGUGACAACAGACGACACUACCCUCAUCAUCCCACCUUCACAAGAAAUACUGGACUUGCGGAAGCAGAUGGAAAGUGCAGAAUUGAAGAACCAGCGCUUGAAGGAAGUGUUCCAGAAGAAGAUUCAAGAGUUCCGUACGGCUUGUUACGUACUUACCGGGUACCAGAUCGACAUCACCAUGGAGAACCAGUACCGACUCACUUCUGUGUAUGCUGAGCAUAUGGAGGAUUCAUUAUUGUUUAAGUCUAGUGGUCCGGUAGGCAGCGGCAGCAUGCAGCUGUUGGAGACAGAUUUUUCCCGCACUCUAACUGGACUAGUAGAUCUGCAUCUCUUCCAUCAGAAGAGCAUCCCCGUAUUCCUCAGCGCGGUCACCAUCGAGCUGUUCAGCCGCCAGACUGUCACCUGAUUUACCCAUCAUUGCUCAACCACACGAUCAAGCAUUGAAUAGUUGAAGGUCAUCAUAACGUGACAAUCUAUAUGCCAACAUUUCAGUAAUACAGUGAUUGUGUAUUUUUCUUUUAAUGCUAUAAAUCUACACUCUGUUGUUUACGAAAUGGUUAAUGUGUACAAGAGAAACCUGAAGACGUGCAGUCCUCUAUUUACAAGCAUCAUGUUUGAUGGCAGUUUAUUUGCCUGUAUUGAGAACAAAAUAAAGACGUAUUCAACUUC